AGAUUCCAAUUCCCCAUCAACAUAAACAUAAUUGAGCUGAAGCAUCUUCCUCUCUAUCCAAUGUUUUCCUAAUCCUUCCUUCUAUUAUUGAAAAGUAUUAUUCUCGCAAAUACGAAAUAAUUAUACUCCCCCUACGCCAAAUUGCACCACCAUCUCACCCUCAAGGACCAUGCAUGACCUUAUAUAACUCUCAUCAUUCCCAACAAUCUCUUCGUCUCACAAAGAUCAUCAUCACCUGAAUUCUAAGCAAGCAAGCAUUGAUUUGCUCUUUGAUCAUCUAAGUACCAGAGAAUGAAUGGAAAGAAGGGUAGUAUACGAAUUGACUUCCACUUACCUCCGAAGGCUGUGGCGCCUGAAGUUGAGAAGAACGCUGAUGCUAAUAACAUAAUCGAGAGCUUGUCUCCAAGGAAAUGGAUAUGGGAUGUGUGGGAGUUCGCCAAGACGGACACCACGAGGGUGACCUUCUCUCUCAAGGUUGGGUUAGCCUGCCUCCUAGUAUCCCUGCUCAUACUCUUUCGUGCGCCUUACGAAGUGUUCGGGACUAACAUCAUCUGGUCCAUACUCACUGUCGCAGUUAUGUUCGAGUACACAGUUGGUGCUACAUUUAAUCGAGGAUUUAACCGGGCUCUUGGAAGCUUACUAGCCGGGAUUUUUGCAAUAGUAGUGAUACAAGUAGCAAUGUCCAGUGGCCACAUUGCAGAGCCCUAUGUCAUUGGCAUCAGCAUCUUCCUCGUUGGAGCUAUAACAUCCUUUAUGAAGCUGUGGCCAUCUCUGGUCCCCUACGAGUAUGGCUUCCGAGUAAUCCUCUUCACCUACUGCUUGAUCAUUGUGUCGGGCUAUCGUAUGGGAAAUCCUAUCAGGACUGCCAUGAACCGCCUCUACUCUAUUGCAAUUGGAGGGUUCGUCGCCGUCCUUGUGAACGUCUUCAUUUCGCCUAUAUGGGCAGGAGAACAACUACAUAGAGAGCUUGUCAAUAACGUCAACUCUGUAGCCGACUCCCUCGAAGAGUGUGUCAAGAAGUAUUUAAGUGAUGAUGGAUCAGAUCAUCCUGAGUUCUCAAAGACAGUGAUGGACGACUUUCCUGAUGAGCCAGCUUUUAGAAAGUGCCGAGCAACUUUAAAUUCAGCUGCAAAGCUUGACUCACUGGCCAAUUCAGCAAAAUGGGAGCCACCUCAUGGGAAAUUCAGGCAGUUCUUCUGCCCUUGGGCAGAGUAUGUCAAGGUCGGGGCCGUGCUUCGACACUGUGCUUAUGAGGUCAUGGCUCUGCAUGGUUGCCUUCAUUCAGAGAUUCAGGCACCAUACCACCUAAGGUGUGCAUUCCGGUCGGAGAUCCUAGAUGCCACGAACCAAGCAGCAGAGCUUUUGCGCAGCUUGAGCAAAGACAUAAAUAAUAUGAAAUGGAGCCUUCAAACUAGUCUACUGAAACACGUCCAUAGCUCAACUGAGCGUCUCCAACACUCUAUCGACAUGCAUUCCUACCUUCUCACCUCGAGUCAUGACCAAUACGAUACUUCAAACAAAUUACAAAGAAAACCAUCCAAAACAACCUCUUUUAACCUCAAGGACUUGACCGAUAACUUAGACGAGCCAGAAACUGGAAAAACUGAGACUAUGCAAGUUGAGUCUUAUCACGAAAGCAUGAAGAAGCAACAAAGAAGGCUACACUCAUGGCCGUCGAGGGAAGUGGACGACUUCGAAGAAGAAGGGAAAAUUGUUUCUGACCUAGUCCCCAGGAUGCGCGCACUUGAAAGCACCGCCGCAUUGUCACUCGCCACUUUCACCUCGCUACUUAUCGAAUUUGUGGCUCGGCUUGAUCAUUUGGUUGAGGCUGUCGAUAAGCUCGCUAAGAUGGCCAAAUUCAAGCAAGAGUAUACAAGCUAGAAUAGAAUAAAGGAUUAAGAUGCCUAAAAAGGAUCGAAGAAUGACAAGCUGAAGGGUUUUUCUCAUAUUUUCAUCCCUUGAUAUGUGUUGGCCCAUAUUUUCAUUUGGAGCAAUAAAGGUUUUCGUCCAUAGCUUACCUUCA